CCAUUGCAGCCAUAUAAAUACUCUGUCGCAACUCAACUUCAUUUCUUUCAACAUCAUUCGUUUCUUGGACUGAACUAAUAUACAAAUCACUUAUUUUCAUAAAUCUCUUCCAAUCUGCCUUUUUGAAAAUCCACCUUCCAUGACUAUCUUCUAUGCUCAACCUUACAUCCACACUCAGUUUACAUAUAAUUGGGUAGUGGUCACUUCCAAUAGUGCUUUCUCCAUGUACUUCCCAUGUGAUGAUGUGAGACAGAAAGAGGACCCAAACGCGUCUGCAGCAAUGAAUCAGUUUAAUGAACGGAAAGAAGUCCACUGGCUGACCAGCGGAGGCGGCAGGUGAAAGCAGACACCGGAGGACCACUACUGCCCUGGCGAGCAAGGGAGGAAGAUCCCUCUGAGUAGCACAGUGCUGGACAGGAAAGGACUGGACAGGACUUCGCACGAGAGGUGACAAACACGUCUUGGCACAGAAUAAUCUGGCAAAUAGGUAGAGAAAAGCAGGGGUAAAAGAAGCCGACAGAAUUAGAGAAAAGGGAGAGCAGGUGUGAAAGAAUGAUUGGAUAACGAGCAUAAGGCAGCCGCAGCUGUAGAUAAUGAAACAGCGGAGAAGCGAGAACAGAAGCGAGAACACAUGAUAACCAACAGGGGGAGACAAAGAACCGAGAAAGGGACCAGAUUCAUGACAGUACCCCCUCCUAGGGUUGGGAACCGAAAACCGGUUCUUAUGCAGAACCGAUUCCGUUUUUUGAAAAAUACCGGAACCGUGCGAAAUUCCCACGUUUCGGUUCCGAAAACGGUUCUUGUGCGAUGUGUGUGCGAAGCGCUGGGAGCGUAUCCUUUAAUAGCGUCUCACCUCAUGAAUAUCAAUUACGUUGCCCGCCGCUUCCAGCAGCGCAACCAAUUAACGCUCACAGACGAUCUCUCUCUAUCAACAAUGCUCACUCACACUCAACGCUACUGAUUUAUGCCUUGCGUGAGGUAUUUUCUUGAUGACCAGCAUGUCGAAGAGAAAGUCAAAAGUGUGGAUUCAUUUUGAAAGGUUAAAUGAUGAUGAAGCAAAAUGUUACACAUGUGACAAGCUAAUAACAUGCAAAGGAGGCUGUACUAGCAAUAUGACUAAACAUUUGCUCCAGCGCCACGGAAUCAACCUCAAAACAUGCAAUGUCUUCGACUGUUUAAGGAAGACAACUGCACCUUGCAUGUCCCCACCGCCAGGUAUGAAUUCAUACAUGGAUAAAUGUUUUAUUUCUGUAGUAAUAAACUAUACCAAAUCAAUGUUAUUUCCGUUUUUUUUUUCAGAUGUUAAACAUAGCGUGCCAAGCGCGGAUACAACGCAAUGUGCCACACCCACACCCUCUGCUGGAACGUCAGAGACUGUAACUCCGUUUACUUUAGCAAGUAAAGGGAAAAUGACGACAGAGAGAAUAGAUGAGUGCCACAGGGCUGUUACACGGUUCAUAGUGAAAGGUUUACAUCCUUUUUCCACCAUUGAGUCUCCAUGGUUUAGGGAGAUGACCAAGUGUCUUAACCCCAAAUACCACCCACCCUCUAGGGACUGUUUAGCCAACCAGCUUAUUCCUGCUUGGUAUAACACAGAAAAGCAGAACGUAAUUGAUGCUCUGAAAAACAUCCACAGUGCAGCAAUUACAAGUGAUGGAUGGACCAGCAUUACACAGGACCACUACAUUACAGUCACACUACAUUUUGUUAGAGAGGGGAAAAUGAAACAAACAGUACUAAAAAGUAAAGCAGUCUACGACGUUCAGACAGGUCCUAAUGUUGCCCAAGAAAUAGAGACCAUUUUGGAAGAGUUUGGAGUUAGGGAGAAAAUAGUUGCAGUCACAGUGGACAAUGCUGCAAACAUGAAUGUAGCUGUCAGUCGACUCCAGCUUAAAAAAAUGGCAUGCUUUGCACAUACACUGAACAUUGCUGCACAGAAAAUCUAUUCAAUUGACUCUGUUUCUCGAUGGUGUGCACGUAUCAGAAGUGUCAUUGUAUGGCUGAAGAGAUCUUCAAUGGCCAAGACUGUUUUGCAAGAGAAGCAGCAUCUCCUUAACCUGCCACAGCAUACAGUAAUCCUGGACGUCAGAACACGCUGGAAUUCACUCUAUCUAAUGAUAGACAGAUUUCUUGAACAAUAUCCUGCCAUCCAAGCAGCUUCCAUGGACCCAAGGCUGAGAGGCUCAAUGGAGAGGGACAGAUUGGAACGCAUCACUGAUGAAGACCUUAAAAAGGCAGAGGAGUUUACAAAGCUCAUGAGUUUAAUGUACACUUCCACCCUAUGUGUAUCGAGUGACAGUACUCCAACCUGUGGCCAGGUCCUUCCUAUCCUCCAGAAACUUCAAGAACACUUUCAGGUUCAAGAGAAUGACUCACUCUUUGUGGCUGCAAUCAAGAAAAAGGUUUGGGAAGAUCUAUCUAAGCGGUACCAGAAUGAGGACAUCAGGCACUUCCUUGAAGAGGCUACCGUGAUGGAUCCACGCUUCAAAAAUAAGCUACUUGCAGACAACAUUUGGGAGAGGGUGAAACUGGCUGCAGUAAUGGCACAAAACAAGGUGUCAGAAGAGCAGGAAAGGGGAAAAGGCCAUGAGCAAGAAAAGGACAACACUUCAAAGGAAGUGCCUUGCAAGAAAGUAAAAAAAUGUCCAUUAGCAGUUCUGUUUGAAAAUGAGGAUAAAGCUCUGCAGGGGACUGUGCUUCCAAAUGCUACUGGCUUGUCAGUCGAGGAGAGAGUUGACAGAGAACUACUUUUCUACAAAGAACGGUCCUCAAUCCCCACCUAUGAAGACCCUGCUCUUUGGUGGUGGGAGAAGAGAGAGGCAUUGCCUAUUCUGUUUCACCUGUCUGAAUCGUACAUGUCUGUCCAAGCAUCUUCUACUCCUUCAGAGAGAGUAUUCUCCACUGCUGGAGACACAAUAAGCCAGGAGAGGUCAAGAAUUCUCCCAGAGAAAGCAGACAUGUUGAUUUUCCUUCAGAAAAAUUGUUAAUUAUUUUGUUGCAAAAUUGGCUAAAUGCAGUAAUAUAUGUUGAUUUUUUAAAUUUUUUUUACAUUGCCAACCUGUAAAUUAAUUUG